AUGGCAGCACGUGCCAGUCUCAAGAACCAGGUAGACUGGUCUCUGUACUUGGUAACCGAUUCUACAGCUGCCAUACUCGGCGACAAGGAUAUCGUGCAAGUGGUUGAACAGGCGCUCCAAGGAGGCAUCACUGUCGUCCAAUAUCGAGACAAGCAUGCCGAUACUGGGGUAAUGAUCGAUGUGGCUACCAAAUUACACGCCGUGACCCAGAAAUAUAAUGUGCCUCUUUUGAUCAACGACCGACUCGAUGUCUGUCAGGCCGUGGGUGCCGAAGGCGUACACAUCGGCCAAGAUGAUAUGGAUUGUACCCAGGCCAGGAAAAUCCUGGGGCCUGACACUAUUAUAGGAGUUACAGCGUCGUCGGUGGAUGAGACACGGAAAGCGAUUGAAGAUGGCGCAGACUACCUUGGGAUUGGAACGACGUUUGCAACACCCACGAAGACCGACACGAAACAUAUCAUCGGUACUCAAGGCCUGCAACAGAUACUAGCAUCUUGCGACAUAGGGACAGAGAAAUCAGUGCCUUGUGUGGCCAUCGGCAGUAUAAACGCUUCCAAUAUCCAACGAGUUCUGCACCAAUCCGCCUAUGGCUCCAACCGACUCAACGGCGUGGCUGUAGUCAGUGCCAUUGUGGCUGCCACCGACUCGCAAGCUGCUGCCAAGUCUCUCUCUGAGUUGAUCAAGUCCGCUCCAGAGAAGUACUUCGCCGCCGUACCACCCAAUAAACAGCCAGUCACAGACUUGAAAGGUCUCAUGGCACAAGUUCCUGGUAUCAUAAAAUCUCACGCCUCUUCCUCGGUCCUCUGCCACAACAUGACCAACACUGUCGUCCAGAAUUUCGUGGCCAACGUCUGUCUCGCGACGGGCGCUUCGCCCAUCAUGUCGGAGAUCAUUGCUGAGGCGCCUGACCUCGCCAAACUGGGUGGUGCGCUUGUUAUCAAUAUGGGCACAGCCACGCCCGAAAAACUGAAUAGUUUCAUCGCAGGCAUGAAAGCAUACAAUGCCGUCGGCGCACCUGUGCUCCUUGAUCCUGUAGGUGGAGGAGCGACCGCUCAUCGUCGCAACACGGUCAAGACACUUCUCGCUUCCGGAUUCUUUAGCGUCAUCAAAGGCAAUGAGAACGAGAUCUCCGCAGUAGCAGGUUCGUCCAAUGUGCAGCAAAGAGGCGUUGAUUCUGGGCCGUCAGCCUCGACAGGUGAAGAAAAAGCAGACCUCGUCAAACGCCUUGCUCAGCGCGAACAUUGCAUCGUACUCAUGACGGGCGAGACAGACUAUCUGUCCGAUGGCGUCCGCAGCAUAGCAAUCAAUAACGGCUCGCCAUAUCUUGGUAAGAUCACCGGGGCCGGUUGCGCUUUGGGUGCUGUCAUAGCCAGCUACCUUGCUGUGCAUCGAGAAGACAAGUUCCUCGCAGCUCUUGCAGGAAUGAUGCACUAUGAGAUGGCGGCUGAGCGCGCAGAAGCUAGACAGGACUGCAACGGGCCAGGCUCUUUCAUUCCAGCAUUUCUGGACGAGCUGUAUCUUCUCGGACAGGAUGUGAGCAGCGGAGGACCAGGUGCUGAGAACGGGAUUGUCGAGCGUGCGAAGGUCCAAUUGAUAUCGUCAUGA